ACGUUGAGUCUUCUCCAGGUGCUUUGCGCUGUGUAUCACCCCCUUGCGUUUCCUCUGAGACCUUCCAGCAGGAAUCUUCUUUGCCGUUUGCCUUGUGGUGAAAUACUCUUAACUUAUCAUCUGAAAUGGCACCAAAGAAGGACGUUAAGAAGGCCGAGCCCAAGAAGGCCGAGGCGGCACCAGCACCAGCAGCUGCACCUGCACCUGCACCAGAGCCCGCGCCUGCUAAGCCUGCAGCAGUCAACCUAUCAGCCGUCAAGACCACCUUCACUGCUGAUCAGAUUGAGGACUACAAAGAGGCCUUCGGGCUCUUUGACAGGGUCGGUGACAGCAAGAUUUCGUACGACCAGGUGGCAGACAUCAUGCGCGCUCUGGGCCAGAACCCCACCAACAAAGCCGUCAAGACGAUCCUGGGCAACCCCUCUGCUGAGGAGAUGGCCAACAAGAGAAUAGACUUCGAGACCUUCCUCCCCAUGCUGCAGACAGUGGUGAACGACCCCCAGAAGGGAUCUUUUGAAGACUACGUUGAGGGUCUGCGUGUCUUCGACAAGGAGGGCAACGGCACAGUGAUGGGCGCUGAGCUGCGCAUUGUCCUGCAAACACUGGGAGAGAAGAUGAAGGAGGAGGAGGUUGAUGCGCUCAUGGCGGGGCAAGAGGACGAGAACGGCUGUGUCAACUAUGAGGCCUUUGUCAAACACAUCCUGUCUGUGUAAGAGGCCAUUCCUGAAGAGGUGUGGAAGCUGAAGUGUAUCUGCAGACCCCAUGGUGUCCGGACAUCCAUUUACUGUUUCUAAGACCAGCGAAGGAAACAAGGACGUGGGAUGUUGUUUCUAUACCGUUCUUUUUUUUUCUCCUUUUUGCGCGACUCCUUCUCCUCCCCCACCCCGAAAAGCUGCCUUUCCACAGCUCACCCUUCACCUGCCUCCACCCACCCAGCCCUGCUCUAAGAGGGCGGGGUAGAGUGCCUCGUCACAGGGUGUGGGAGUAAAGGGAAGGAGGGGUAAGUGAUCACUCACCAAGUGGGGGUCACCUCCUCGUCCCCGUCCCCCACCCUGAUCAACCCAACCAGCCAUCCAUGCUCAAGGCACUCGUCAAAGACUGUGGACCUGCUUGUGCGCCCACCCGCCCCUAUCCUUCUCAGCCUCCGAGUCUUAAUUUAUUUUCGCUGUCAUUUCGCAAAAUAAACUUUUUCGAAAAGUA